CAGCAUGACAUCCAGCAGCACCUCUUCAAGUCAGCAUCAUUGCAAAAACUGACUCUCCAGUGGGAGGCUGCGUGUUAAACAGCCCCUGGCUAUCAAUGCCUCCCCGUCUCAAGUUUCAUAAAUAUGUUUUUAAUUAUGAUAUUUUCUAUGUUUUCAUAUCCCUGUGAUGUGGCAAUAGGAGAUAUUGGUUUUCUAGAAGGACUAGGAGCUGCAGUUCUGAAUGGACAGAUUGUUUAAUGCGGGGGAUGGGAUGAUGGAUACCUCAGAAACUGCUUCAAGAAUGAGGGAAUGGACUGGAUAGAGUUUAAAAGUAUGAAUGUGGCUAGAGCAUACUUUACCCUGACUACACUAGGAGACAAGAUACUUGCUGCAGGAGGAUAUACUGGACAGGAGAGACUUGCUACAGUGGAGGUGUUUGAUGGAUCCUCCUGGAAGCUUCAAAACUAUGAAUUAACAUCUGCAAGAAGUGGUCACUGUGCUGUUCCUAUCAGUGAGAGUCAAGUGAUGCUGAUUGGAGGAGGAUCUAACGACAUUUUAUCUCUUGUUGAAGUCUACAGUAUUGAAGAGGGAUUUAUUGCAGAGCUUCCAUCAAUGCCAACUGCAAGGUAUGACCUAGCAUGCAGCAUGUUUAAUGGAGAAAUAUGGACAGCUGGGGGAAACAAUGGUAUAAAUGAACCUCUAGAUAUUGUAGAAGUCCUCACACUGUCUACAAACACCUGGAGGAGUGGUCCUAAGCUGACCAGAAAGAGAUGGUAUCUACCAAUGGAGGUGUUGGACAACAACCUGGUAGUAUUUGGAGGGCGGGGAGGUGCAGACAGCCUGGAGAUCCUUGAGGAAGAAGCCUGGAGGGAGGAACCUCUGCAAUAUGACCAUUUUCUACAUGCCUCUGUAUCAAUUACUUGUUGAUACAGAGAUGAUACAGUAUGUUCAUUCUAUUGUAACUUAAAUUAAUAAUUUGAUUAAAAAUAUUGUCUUUUCUAAAAAUAAA